AAACCCUCCUCUGAAGUUAUGGCAAAGCCAUCGGUUCUCCGGCAUAACGCCACCUCCGGCCACCUUGAUUAUCAGACAUGGAUUUUGAAAGUUUACAUCCAUUGCGAAGGAUGCAAGAAGAAAGUGUUCAAAGUUCUUCAAAGCAUCGACGGUGUUUAUAAGACCGAAAUUGAUUCAAAGCAACAUAAAGCUAUAGUUAGUGGAUCCGUCGACGGUAACACUCUGGUCCAGAAGCUUCUGAAAUCCGGUAAACAUGCCGAGAUUUUGCCGGAAAGUUUUGAAGCUACGCCGGCGGCAGAUAGUGGUUCGGAAAAGUCAAAAAAGAAGAAACAGAUCAACAAACAGAAGGAUGGCGUAACAAAAGGUGACGAUAAGGAAAAUGUGAACGACGAAAAGAAAGAAGAAUCUGAAGCUACGACGACUGACGGAAGUGACGCCGGAAACAGUCAGGAAGUAUCUCAGCCACCUGUCGCCGGCGGUGACGCUAACGGUAACGGUGGAGGUGGUAAAAAGAAGAAAAAUAAAAAAACUAAAGGUGAUAAAAAGGACGGUGAUACACCACCGAACGGUGAAACUGACGGUGCAACCACCGGCAAUGCACCGGCGAACACCGGAGUAACGCGAGAGAAUGUAGAAGCUUUUAUGGAGAAAUUAAAUCUCAACCCUCCAAUUAAUCAGAUGGUGUACGCUAGGCCGUACGAUCUACCACCGUAUCAUAACUACUAUCCUACUCCGGCGUAUGGGAUGAGUUACAAUACAUCUUACCCGAGCACUGAAUCUUCAUACUAUACACCACCGGUGUACGGAUACGCUCAAUCUCAUCCGUCCGUUUAUUAUCCUCCGCCACCACCCCCAUGGUAUUAUCCUAGGAGCGCGUUUGAUGAUGAAAAUCAGGAUGGAAGGGUUUGCACCAUCAUGUGAUGCAACACUAAUUCGGUUAUAAUCUUCGAACAAUAGGUGCCAUCUAUAAGUUUGUUGGACAUAUUACAUAUUAUUAUAUAUAUGUAUUAAAGUUUUUUAAGUGUGUUGAUCGUUUGUAUAACUGUAAUUUUUAAA